UCGAGUGGCUCUUAAUGAGUGUAGUCUUCUGGUGCGGAAAAAUUCGAAAAUUCGAAAAUUCAAACAUUUCAUUUUGAGCGUAGUAAACAAACACAAAAACAACAUAGAAAUUUGUGGAAAUUUAUAAGACGAAAAUGAAGAAGUCAAACUGUUAAAGUUUAAAGAAAAAAGUUAAUAAAUAAAAAAUAUUUUCGAGCGCCAAAAAAUACAAAUUAUAAUACCGUUAACAUUUAAGCCAUUAAGUAGCAAAAAUUUACUUUUAAGGAAAAUAUGUCUGAUCAGUCAUCCAUCGAAAUGAGUUCAGUCGAUCGUCCGGUAAACCGUUUCCAGGUGAAUCCUGUGAAUCAUAAAGUGAACAGUGAGACAGUGAAAUUGGAAGUGCCACAAGAGGUCUAUCGUCGUUUACUCAAUAGUGAUGGUGAGCCAUUGGAGGAUGAUACUUUCAAUGAGGACGCUACAGAAAUUUUAAAUAAACAGAAUUUACAACGAACGCAAAGGCAGUCUAUCAAAAGCAGUUUUCGUGAUAAAGACAAACCCUCGAGAUUCAAGGAUUCACAAUCGCAAACAACGCGAUUUCAAGUCGCGCCACCAAAUGAGGACGACUCUGACGACUCCAGUGGCAGCAAGGAGGAUCGUGAGUUAUUGGACAACGAAUAUGACACGAAAUAUGGCAAAAGUUUUCGACACUUCACACGCGAAGCUUUGCCACGUUUGGAUAACUAUCGAAACAUUAUGUCCAUACAAGCCGCCUAUCGGCCCACACUUGAUGAAUUGCACAACGCAACGCUUACCGGAAAGAGUGCCAGCUUAAAUCGCAAUCAGGAUCCGGAAGCGGGCAAUAUGAAUGGUGCGCUUAAAUUCGGUUGGAUUAAGGGCGUUUUAGUCCGUUGUCUACUAAACAUUUGGGGUGUUAUGCUCUUUCUGCGUCUCAGCUGGGUCGUGGGCCAAGCUGGUGUAAUUGAGGGCUUCAUUUUAAUUUUGACGACCACAGUGGUUACCUGUGUAACGUCAUUAUCAAUGUCGGCGAUUAGUACAAAUGGUGUUAUCAAAGGGGGUGGGACAUAUUAUAUGAUAUCCCGUUCGUUGGGUCCGGAAUUUGGCGGUUCCAUUGGUCUUAUUUUUUCACUGGCCAAUGCCGUGGCCUGUGCCAUGUACGUGGUGGGCUUCUGUGAAUCUAUGUUAGAUCUGUUGCGCAGUUUUGGCCUCAGCAUUGUUGAUGGCGGUAUUCAAGAUGUGCGCAUCAUUGGUUGCAUAACCAUAACCAUACUACUUGUUAUUGUUGUCGUUGGUAUGGAAUGGGAGGCGAAGGCACAAAUCGGUUUACUUGUCAUAUUAUUGGUAGCUAUAGGCGAUUUCCUGAUCGGUUCGUUGAUUGGCCCUAAGAGUGACGUUGAAAAGGCUGAGGGUUUUGUCGGCUAUAACUUUACAAUCUUCAAAGAAAAUCUUUUUCCCGACUAUCGAAAGGAAGAUGGCGUGCAACAUGAUUUCUUCUCUGUCAUUGCUAUUUUCUUCCCGGCAGCUACGGGCAUUUUGGCUGGUGCUAAUAUAUCUGGUGAUUUAAAGGACCCACAAAAAUCAAUACCCAAGGGAACUCUCUUGGCCAUUUUAAUUUCAACCGCCACCUAUCUCUUAAUGGUACUCGUUUGUGCUGCCACAGUGGCUAGGGAUGCCACCGGAUAUUUGGGUGACAUGGCAAAUGGCUCCUUUGCGUUUUUGAACUGCACGCCAGGUGAAUGCAAUUACGGUUUACAGAACUCAUUUCAAGUUAUUGAACUUGUUUCCGGCUUUGGACCACUGAUCUAUGCCGGCUGUUUUGCCGCAGCCAUUUCAUCCGCUUUGGCCAGUUUGGUCUCUGCCCCAAAAGUAUUCCAGGCGCUGUGCAAAGAUGAGCUCUAUCCGAAAAUCGCGUGGUUCGCCAAAGGAUACGGCAAAAACAAUGAACCCUUCCGUGGCUAUGUGCUGACAUUCAUCAUUGCUGUUGCUUUCAUUUUAAUCGGCGAACUCAACUUGAUUGCGCCGCUCAUUUCGAACUUCUUCCUUGGCGCCUAUACGCUCAUCAAUUUUAGCACCUUUCACGCCAGCUUAGCUAAGCCGGUUGGCUGGCGUCCAACUUUUAAGUACUACAACAUGUGGCUCAGUUUAAUAGGUUCAAUACUCUGUGUGGCCGUUAUGUUCCUUAUCUCAUGGGUAACGGCACUCAUCACUUUCGCCGCUGUAUUGGCGCUAUACUUAAUCGUCGCGUAUCGCAAACCCGAUGUUAAUUGGGGCUCCACAACACAAGCGCAGACCUAUAAGAAUGCGUUGAUGUCAGUGCAGCAGCUCAAUAAUGUUGAGGAGCAUGUGAAAAACUAUAGACCACAGAUCUUAGUGCUGUCGGGUUUGCCGAAUACACGACCCGUACUUGUGGACUUCGCUUAUAUGUUGACGAAGAAUCUUUCGCUACUCGUUUGUGGACAUGUGCUGCGUGGUACGAGCUCUCAACGUUAUAGAAAUUACUUACAAGACCGCGCCACAACAUGGUUCCGUAAACAUCAUAUCAAGGGCUUCUAUUCACUCGUGGAUGGCGAAGAUUUGGAGGCAGGUGCGCGUGCUUUAAUGCAGGCCUCCGGUAUCGGUAAACUAAAGCCGAAUAUUCUGCUUAUGGGCUACAAAAAUGAUUGGCAGACAUGCGAUAAGAAGGACUUGGAUCAGUAUUUCAAUAUAAUGCACAAGGCUUUGGACAUGUAUUUAUCCGUUGCGAUUUUACGUUUACCGAAUGGCCUUGACUGUUCGCAGAUUUUGGGUGACGAAAGUAGCGCCGCCAAAAAUGUCCACGAUAUACCACGCACGCUGCAGCCGAAUGAGAGCUCGGCCGAUCUGAUGUCCGCCGAUAGAAGUGUGCAGAAUGGUCUAAGCGGCAGCAUGGACUCGCUAAGUCGCAAUGUUUCACAAGAUGCUGGAGACUCGCCUAGAACAGAGAAUGGCUUGAAACAAUUAAAAACCUCCAGCACCAGCGAUUUAUCCUUCAUGGCAGGCACACAAGUUAAGGAAGUCUCCGGCUUGCCCGACCCAGUGGAUCCAAAGGCACCACAACUCUUGACCAAUUCCCUACGCAAGUCUAAGCUGAAGCACAAUGAUCCCGCAUCGCUAUAUAAGGGUCCUGGUGGCGCCGAAUUACCUAAGGAAGUAUUAAUGGAGCUGUCUCAGUUCACACGUAAGCGCAGUCAUGCCGUCAUCGAUGUUUGGUGGCUCUACGACGACGGUGGUCUAACCCUACUUUUGCCGUACAUAAUCAGCACACGACGCACCUGGCAAUCGUGCAAAUUGAGAGUAUAUGCUUUGGCAAACAAAAAGGCAGAAUUGGAAUUUGAACAGCGUUCGAUGGCUAGUCUAUUAUCGAAAUUCCGUAUCGAUUACUCAGACCUGACGCUGAUACCCGACAUAACGAAGAAACCACAAGAAACAACAACAGCUUUCUUUAAUGAGCUUAUCAAGGACUUUGUUGUGGGUGGUGACAAGGAUAAUGGGCCUUCAAACGUGGCGGCCGAUGAGGAAUCAAUUAUCACCGAAGAUGAUUUGAUGGCCGUACAAGACAAAACCAAUCGUUACCUGCGUCUGCGUGAAUAUCUACACGAACAAUCAAUGAAAUCCGAUCUGGUCGUGAUGACGUUACCGAUGCCCCGUAAGAAUAUUGUCUCGGCACCGUUAUAUAUGGCGUGGCUGGAGAGUUUGAGUCGUGACAUGCCGCCAUUCCUAUUCGUGCGCGGCAACCAAACCAGCGUUUUAACCUUUUACUCGUAGAAAAUCGCACCUGAACCAACUCAUGCAUACAUACAUACAUAGUACAUAUGCAAAUUGUAUGUGUGUGUGUUGAUUUAUGUAUACAUACAUAUAGUUAAAUGUAUAAGUACAAUGUCACUUUGUAAGUGCUGUGUGCACAAGCACAAAAAAAUCAACUUUCAUCAAUUGUUUUCACUGUUCUUUUGUUUAAUAUAUCUUAUUUAUUUCAUUUUAUUUUAUUUUAAAAUGACCUUUUUAAGCCACUCGCUAAUGUAAAAAUGAAAUUAAUUAUAUUAAUUAUUAUGAUCGUUGUAAAAUUGUAAAAUUUUUUUGAAAACAGAUUAAAACGAUAUAUUAAAGCACGAAA